CGCUCCUCCUCUAUGAUCGCUCCGGCUCUCCGUAGUGUCUGGCUGGAAUAUCGGGGGGUUCGGGCGGAUUGUGGCUGUGUGUCGGGUGUACACCGCACAGUGCAGCGUCCACCCGCCGUGGGGCGGGGCCGGGAGACGAUGAGCCCGGCCCGGGGGAGAAGAGCUGAGCUGGCCGGGCUCCGGGCUGACGGGAGGAGAAGCAGCAGCAGCUGACACCCGGGGACGAGCACCUCAUAUGGGCGGCGCUGGACUCCCAGCCCUCAGGGUCACAUGGUGUCCGGCCUGACCUCCCCCACGUCAGAAGAUGACCAGGUUGCUGCUGGGCGUCACUCUAGAGAGGAUCUGUAAGGCCGUCCUUCUGCUCUGCCUCGUGCACUUUGUCAUUAUCAUGAUCCUCUACUUCGAUGUCUACGCUCAACGCUUGGACUUCUUCAGCCACUUCAAUGUCAGGAACUCCUCCCGCGUCCACCCCUACUACAACUUCUCCCGGCCCAAUGGCACCGCCCACACCUACCCCGCUGUCACUUCCCCCACAGACGUCUUGACACCCAGCGCCAAGCUGGAACUCAACCAGACCAUCACCGAGAAGCCUGUUCCUCCGUGCCCGGACUCCCCGACUGGUUUGGUCGGCCGUCUGCUGAUCGAGUUCAGCUCCCCGAUGACCAUGGAGCGUCAGCGGGAGAACCCCGACGUGACGGAUGGAGGAAAGUACAUCCCAAGUGAUUGCCUGCCAAAGUGGCGAGUGGCCAUUAUCAUUCCAUUCCGACACCGGGAGCACCACCUGAAAUACUGGCUGCACUUCCACCCCAUCCUGCGCCGGCAGAAGGUGGGCUACGGAAUCUAUAUCAUCAACCAGCAUGGCGUUGAGACCUUCAAUCGCGCCAAACUCCUGAAUAUCGGCUUCCUGGAGGCCAUGAAGGACGCCGAGUACGACUGUUUCAUCUUCAGUGAUGUGGAUCUCAUUCCAAUGGAUGACCGCAAUCUCUACCACUGCUAUGAGCAACCGCGCCAUUUCGCCAUCGCCAUGGACAAGUUUGGCUUCCGGUUGCCCUACGCGGGGUACUUUGGCGGAGUCUCGGGGUUGAGUAAAGCUCAGUUCUUGAAGAUAAACGGUUUCCCCAACGAGUACUGGGGCUGGGGGGGAGAAGAUGACGACAUUUACAACAGGAUAACUCUGAACGGCAUGAAAGUUUCCCGACCCGACAUCCGCAUUGGACGAUAUCGGAUGAUCAAACACGAGCGAGAUAAGCACAACGAACCCAAUCCUCAACGGUUCACGAAGAUCCAGAACACAAAAGUGACCAUGAAAAAGGACGGCAUCAACUCCUUGCACUACCGCGUCGUCCACUUCGCCAAAUUCGCCAUGUACACGAACAUCACAGUGGAAAUCGGCAAGCCGCCUCCACGACCGGCUCGGGGGUGACGGACUUCAAUGGCCGCUCCACGGCACUCUGUCUUCUCGACCUCCUUGGAGGCCUACUGGGGGUGGUCUUCUGAGCAGAUGAACUGACGCGGACUCUUACCCCCAGCGGGGCCCCCCCCCCACACACACUCUGGGAUCUCCCGGCUGGACAGCGGAGCUCCGUCUGGUUACUCUCACCAAUCCAUGAUCCGCUAUUCCUGUGGUGCAGUUAGGUGGUUCCUCAGACGAUGGUUGGGAGGGGCACCACGAAUGCUGAUCUACUGUGAUCUGCCCCGAACGCUCGCCGUGCGCAGACAAUACGCUGGAAGCAUUUUUGUCACUUUCUCGUUUUCUCACAAAUGUAUCAUUUGUCUUUUUAUAAGCCGAGUCUUCUUCUUUUUGUGUUGUUUUCAUCUUUGGACAUGUUGUUGGGUGAACGUUUCACCGGGAAACUUCAGGGCAGCUAUAGGGGGGAGGGGGGGCGUGCUGUCUCUGAUGAUUUCACCGAUGAUGUAAUGUAUGUUGUGGAAUGUUUAUUUGGCUUCCCACCAGUCCCAAAGGAGCAUUCAAACUGGGGGAGGAAACGCAGAUAUCGCACCCAUCCUCCGCCAUCUCCGGAACCGACACCUGGUAAUACCGCCUACCCAGUUUUGAGGAAGGUAAUCUGAAAGGACGGUGCCAUGUUUAGUGCCCUUUUUGUGCAAAUUUACAAUUUUGAGCCUUAGAUUUCUGGAUUAUUGUUCCACAGUCCAGAGGGGAUCACACACGGCUUGCUGCUGAUCCCGCCAUUUAUGGUGGAGGCGGCUCUACAUGUUAGUUGGGAUUUCCUAUGGAGUCUUUACACUCUCACCGUCUCUCUGUCUGUAUUUGGCUCCACCCAUUACUGUAAUUUAUGCACAAAGCCAUCGUGUCCGAGCCCUGCUACGCACUCUGCGGGUGACUUCGCCUUUUCCCUCCCCCACAUUAAAUUUUCUUUGUUGAGUAAUAAAUAUCCAGAGGUAUUGUA